AUGCGUUUCUUCUCUCAGAACAAACUCCAGAGCCACCUGGAGCCACUGAAGAAGAAGCUGGAUGCCGUCCUGAAGCAAAAAUCCAACGAGGAGGAGAAGAUCACGGAGCUGAGGGACAAGAUGAAGCUGGAGAUCAAGGAAUUCGAGUCGGACUUUGAGCUGCUGCACCAAUUCCUCAUCGGGGAGCAGGUCCUGCUCUUACACCAGCUGGAGGAACGCUACGAGAGCUUGCUGGCCCGUCAGAGCAGCAACAUCAGCCAGCUGGAAGAGCAGAGCGCUGCCCUCAGCCGGCUCAUCGCCGAGGCGGAGGACAAGAGCAAACAGGACGGGCUGCAACUGCUCAAGGACAUCAAAGGCACUUUUAUCAGAUGCGAGAACAUCAAAUUCCAGGAGCCCGAGAUGGUGCCGGUGGACGUGGGGAAAAAAUACCGCAACUACUUUCUGCAGGACGUGGUGAUGAGGAAGAUGGAGAAAGUCUUCAGUAAAGUCCCUCAAGCUGACGUGACCCUGGACCCCGACACAGCCCACCCUCGCCUGAGCCUCUCCCUGGACCGACGCAGCGUCAAGCUGGGCGAACGCCGCCAGGAUCUGCCGGACAACCCCAAACGUUUCGAUUCGGAUUAUUGCGUGCUGGGUUCCCAGGGCUUCACCACCGGCCGUCACUACUGGGAGGUGGAGGUGGGAGGCCGACGAGGCUGGGCGGUGGGCGCAGCCCGCGAAACGGCUCGCCGCAAAGAGAAAACCGUGGGGCCUCACCAAAAACGGGAAAUUUGGUGCGUGGGCACCAACGGGAAGAAGUACCAGGCGUUGACGGCCACGGAGCAGACGGCCCUGUCGCCCAGCGAACGGCCCCGCCGCUUCGGCGUCUACCUGGACUACGAGCGGGGCCAGCUCUGCUUCUACAACGCCGAGAGCAUGACCCACAUCCACACCUUCAACGCCUCCUUCCACGAGCGCAUCUUCCCGUUCUUUCGCAUCUUGGCCAAGGGCACCCGCAUCAAAAUCUGUGCCUGA